CUGAAACCACACUCCUAGCCAGCGUCAUGGACCAACUUCACGAGACUGUUCUUGGCCUCCUGGAUGCCCUGAACCAAAUCAGUCACGAUGCAGGGCUCAACAUCAGCAUAUCACUUGCGCGAAAGCACCGCCUCGCAGACUUGUCAACCCCAUGUAUGGUCGUUCAGCGAUACCCCUCCUUCUCAGCCGAAGACUCCAACGCAGGCCUCGGCCCCCAUACCGACGUCGGCAUUCUCGCUUUUCUUCUGUGACGCCCGCGGCCUGCAGACAUUCGCCCAGGGCAUGCAGGAGUGGCGCUCCGUAGAACCGUGCAAUGGCUGCGCGGUCGUCAACGUAGGCAACUCGCUCCGCUUCCUCUCGGGGAGGAAAUUCCGGUCUGUAGUGCACCGCGUCGCUCCGUACCCGGGGGAGACAACUGAGAAUAGGUCCUCGUGCGCGUACUUUGUGGGGCCGAGAAUGGAUGUUGAGUUUGAAGACGAGAAGGGCGAGCAGUGGAAGAGCAUUGACUGGCAUAUGAGGAAGUAUAAGAGUUACCGCGAGGCGGGCAAGACGGCUUAA